CCGGGCCCUUGGCAGAAACACGCUCGGGUCCGAAGGCUUGUGCGUCAAGGCCGAGGGCUCUGGUGAAGGGGCCGCCUCUGGGUCCCAAGCCCAGUCCCUCCCGCGGGGAAAGAGGGCCCGCCCCACAUGUGGGGCUUUCCAGUUCAGAGUUCUGAAAGGGGCUGAAAUGUGGAAGAGGAGAGACCCUCCUCUUUGGGGUGGGCGGGAAGGCGCUCUGCCGCUGGACCUCUGGGAGGGAAGCACCAGCAGGCAAGCAUGGAACUGGGCCAGGCCAGGCCCGGCCGGCAGCAGCCCAAACCAGGGUGGCGGCGGCGGGUGGGGGCAGCACCCGUGAGCAGCCCGCAGGGAGGUUUGGCAACUGGCAGCCGGGGGAGGGCUUGUGUGGCGGGGCGUGUGCAUUACAACAUGACAGCGGAGUCUGACGUCGCCAGCGAGCGUUCGGGGGGGGGGGGCCUGGGGAGAGGCGGCUUCCCUGCCGGCCCCAGCCACUCUGGAGGCUGCCCUUCUCCUCCGCUGCCUGGCUGGGCUGCUGCUCCUGCCUCGGGGUGCAAAGGGAGGCUGCCGGGCUGGGCUGGCCAAGCAGCCAAAGGGUUAACAGCGUCCCUCGUCAACAUUGUGCUUGGCUGGGCGCCCGCCCCCCACCGCCCCCGGGCUGCUUCCAAUUAGCUGGGGGGUCGGGGGCCUGGGCUGCGGUGGGCGCCGCGUCCCCCGCCUGCCGGCUCCGCCUGCCUGCCUGCCUGCCUGCCUGCGUCCCGGGGCGGCUGCUGCUGCUGCUGCGGUGCCCUCCUCUGCUCGGGGCCAUGCUCCCCGGCGGCCGCCUGCCCCCCCUCCUGCCAGCGGGGGCGCUGCUGCUGCUGCUGCUGGGCUGGGGCCACCUGCCGGGGGGGGCCCAGAGGGUCAAGGUGCUCUUCACCCCCAUGGUCUGCCGGGUGCAUUGCAGCGGGGGGCGCUGCACCAACCACUGUGAACGGGGCAACGCCACCACCCUCUACAGUGGGGAGAGCGCCCGGCCAGCCGAGGGGGCCCCCGGAUUCCGUGUCUUCCUGUGCCCCCUCAUCUGUCAAAAUGGAGGGGUCUGUCUCAAGAAGGACAAGUGUCUCUGCCCCCCCAGCUGGACCGGCAAGUUCUGCCACAUCCCGGCCCCUCCUCGCUUUCAUGGCCAGACCCCCACCCGCCGAGGGGCCGACUUUCAGCCGGAGGGAGGAGUGCAGCCCGUCACCAAGUCUGUGUACACGCUGCCCAUUGCAAACCACCACCAGGAGCGAGAUGGUGUGGCAUCGAUGGUGAACGUCCACGUGGCACAUCCGCCAGAGGCCUCUGUCACCAUCCACCAGGUGGAGCGGGUGGCCGAGGAGCUGCCCACGGACACCAACGCCCUGCCGCUUGCCCGCCCACUCACCCGCCCGGCCCCCUACAGCGUCCUGGCCCAGAGUGGCCCGCGUGAGCCCGGCGGUGGCUACGGCGAGAACUCCGGCUUCGGCUACUGCUUCCGGCAGCUGCGCGGGGAAGAGUGCAGCGCCCCCCUGCCCGGCUUGCGCACCCGUGAAGUCUGCUGCCGUGGGGCUGGCCUCGCCUGGGGGGUCCACGACUGCCUGCCCUGCAGCAACGGAGACACUGGGGACUCGGGACUCCUUGGGAGGAGUGCAACGGCCUGCCCCCAAGGCUACCGGCGGCAGAACGGCUCCUGUGUGGAUGUGGACGAGUGCCAGGAGAGCCGCUUCUGCCAGAGCGGCGCCUGCACCAACACGCGCGGGAGCUUCACCUGCGUCUGCCACGAGGGCUACAUCCUCGACUCCUCUCGCAGCAGCUGCAUCUCUCACCAGGUGAUUUCGGAGGCCAAGGGCCCCUGCUUCCGGGUGCUGCGGGGCGGCAGCUGCUCCCUCCCCAUCCUCCGCAACAUCACCAAGCAGAUCUGCUGCUGCAGCCGGGUGGGCAAAGCCUGGGGCCACAGCUGUGAGCGCUGCCCACCCUACGGCUCAGACGGCUUCAAGGAGAUCUGCCCCGCGGGCCCCGGCUACCACUACUCGGCUUCUGACCUCCGUUAUGACACUCGCUUCCUGGGCCAGGACCAGCCCCGGGUGCCCAUCAGCCGCCAGCCGGGAGGCUGGGAGCCCGCAGCCAGGACGCCACCCCGGACGACGCCUGCCUCUGCCCUCCCACACCGGAGCCCCCCACCCACCCGCCUGCCGGAGCCCCAGGCCCCCUGGCUUGUGCCCACUCAGUCAGCCGGCCCCGACCCGUCAGCACCAGAGGCUGGGCAGGGGGUGUGUGAGCGGAGCCCCCAGGUGUGCGGCCCGGGCCGAUGCAUCCCCCGCCAAGGCGGCUACACGUGUGUCUGUGACCGCGGCUACUGGCUGAGCCCGCAGGGCACCCACUGCAUCGACGUGGACGAGUGCCGACGGAGCCCCCGCCCCUGUGCCGACGGGUGGUGUGAGAACAGCGUGGGCAGCUACAGCUGCAGGUGCCCGGCCGGCUACCAGGCCGAUCCCUCCGGAAGCGAGUGCCAGGACACCGACGAGUGUGCCCAGAGACCCCCGCCCUGUGCCAACGGGCACUGCCACAACAGCCCCGGCUCCUUCCACUGCUCCUGUGCGGCUGGAUACCAGCCCGACCGGGCUGGCUUGGAGUGCCGAGACAUCGACGAGUGCUCCCAGAGGCCCCCGCCCUGUGCUCGCGGCCGCUGCGAGAACGUGCCGGGCUCUUACCGCUGCGCCUGCCCUGCUGGCUACCAGGUUGGCCCGACUGGCACGCAGUGCCUGGACGUGGACGAGUGCCGGGAGAGCCCCGCCGUCUGCCAGCCUGGCCGGUGCGAGAAUGUGCCGGGGGGCUACCGCUGCACCUGCCCGAUUGGCUACCAGUCCAGCCCCCUGGGAACCCAGUGUGUGGAUGUGGACGAGUGCCAGCAGAGCCCCCUGCCCUGUGGCUCUGGGCGAUGCGAGAACGUGCCCGGAGGCUACCGCUGCCUCUGCCCUGCAGGAUUCCGUGCCAGCCUCACGGAGAACCAGUGCCUGGACCUCGACGAGUGCGCGACGGGCUCGCCCUGCGGCCCCCACGGCCGCUGCAUCAACACAGAGGGCUCUUUCCGCUGCCAGUGUGGCCGGGGGUACCGGGCAGAGGGGGCAGGGGCGUCCUGCGCGGAUAUCAACGAAUGCCUGGAGGGCGAUUUCUGCUUCCCACGGGGCGAGUGUCUCAACACGGAGGGGUCCUACACCUGCCUGUGUGCCCAGGGGUUCACCACUGCCCCCAACGGGGCUUCCUGUGUGGACAUUGACGAAUGCCAGCGCAGUGCCGUGUGUGCCGGCGGGCACUGUGCCAACACAGAGGGCUCCUUCGACUGCUACUGCCCGCCGGGCACCCGCAGCAGCCCCAGCAAGGCCGCCUGUGAGGAUAUCGACGAGUGCCAGGAAUAUGGGGCAGCCCUCUGUGGGGCCCAGCGCUGUGAGAACGCGGCUGGCUCUUACCGCUGCGUGGCUGCUUGCCAGGAGGGCUACCGAGUCAGCUCCGUAGGCGAAUGCGUCGACGUCGACGAAUGCCAGGCCUAUGGGGCAGGGUUGUGUGGGGAGAGGCGCUGCGAGAACACCCCUGGCUCCUACUCCUGUGUGGCCAGCUGCCAGACGGGCUACCAGGCCAGUGCCGCCGGAGACUGUGUGGAUGUGGACGAGUGCCGGAACGGCUCCCUCUGCGGCGCCCACGCCCUCUGCCACAACCUGCCGGGCAGCUUCCAGUGCAUCUGCGACCAAGGCUACGAGAGCGCCAGGGACGGGCGGCAUUGCCGAGAUGUGAACGAGUGCGAGACGCUGCCGGGGGUGUGUGGAGCCUCCCCUUGCGAGAACGUGGAGGGCUCCUUCCUCUGCAUCUGCCCCCGGACGGGCGAGGAGUUUGACCCCAUGACCGGCCGCUGCGUCGCUCUGCCGGGUGCUGCCCACGCCCCGGCCUUCCCCCGCCCGCCCGGGCCCAGCAGCAACCUCCGGCGCGAGUGCUACUAUGACCCCGACGCGGCCCAGGCCUGCGAGAACGUGCUGGCGUGGAACGCGACCCACCAGGAGUGCUGCUGCAGCCUCGGGCACGGCUGGGGCCUGGACUGCCACAUCCAGCAGUGCCCGCCCCCCGGCUCAGCGGAGUACCAGACCCUCUGCCCGCUUGGGAACGGCUAUGCUGCUGCUGCUGCUGCUGCGGGAAGCGCUUCCACCAUCUCAGACGUGGACGAGUGUCUCCUCUUCAGCUCCCAAGUCUGCAAGGGAGGGGUCUGUGUGAACAAGGUCCCCGGCUAUGCCUGCUACUGCCCCAGUGGCUACUACUAUGAGACGCAGCACCUGGAGUGCAUUGAUAACGACGAGUGUCUGGAUGAGGAGGCAGAACCUUGCUUGGGGGGGCGCUGCAUCAACACCAUCGGCUCCUUCUACUGCUCCUGUGCCCCCCCACUGGUGCUGGACGCCUCCCAGCGCCGCUGCGUGGCUAACGACAGCCAAGGCUUGGAUGACAACCUGGCCGUCUGCUGGCAAGAGGUGGGCCCCAGCCUGGUCUGCAGCCGCCCCCGCCUGGACCGCCCGGUCACCUACACAGAGUGCUGCUGCCUCUAUGGGGAGGCCUGGAGCAUGGAGUGCGCGCUCUGCCCCGCCCGGGACUCAGAUGACUUUGAGGCCCUCUGCAAUGUCCUGCGCCCCCCCAGCUACGGGCCGGUCCGUCCCGGGAGCCUGGGGCUGCCCUAUGGAGAGUACGGAGGAGGGGAGUUCCUGCCCUACGGCCCGGACAUCUUUGCCCCUCCACCCCGGCCCGGCCCCCGCCUUCCUGACUACGACCCCUUCCCCCGGGACUCGCUCUACGGGCCAGCGGCCUACGAGGCCAGCGACUUUGAGGACCUGCCCUACAGCGACGUGCGGCAAGAGGGUCUGGCCGAGACCCCCCCCGGCGGCGGAGGAUACCGGCCCCACAGCCCCCCUGAGCCGGAGUGGAGCUACCCCCCACGCAGCCGUGGGGGCUCCUUCCCUGACCGGCCAGGCAGGGCUAGUGAAGACCACCGCCACUUCGGAGGCUUUGAGGGGCUGCAGGCCGAAGAGUGUGGGAUCCUGAGUGGCUGCGAGAACGGGCGCUGCGUCCGCGUGGCCGACGGCUUCACCUGCGACUGCCACGAGGGCUACCGCCUCGACCCCACCCGCGUGGCCUGCCUGGAUCUGGACGAGUGCAGCACCCAGAGGGAGGGCCUCUGCCCCGGCGGCCGCUGCCUCAACACGGAGGGCUCCUACCGCUGCUUGUGCCCACGGGGCUCCAUGCCUGCCGGGCAGCCCCCCCGCUGCAUCCCUGCACCCCGCAGCCGGGCCUGAGCUGGGCGGGGGGGCCAGGACGUAUUUAUUGCCUGCACUGCCUGGAAAACUGGGGGGGGGCUGGGGGGGCAGCCUAAGACCCUCCCCUGACACACACACACACACACACACACAGAGUCUCUCUCUCUCUCUGCAGGAAACAACACUGGGUGUGCACUCCGUCCAAGGGGUGGGGUGGGGUCACCAAAGGGGGUAGGGGUCUCCUCUCCUUCCCUCUCCACAGAUCUGGGGGAGGCCCAUCCGCUCUCCACACUCUGCCCCUGCCCGUACAGUGGGGGUGGAAACCCCACAGCGUGAGUUGGCCCCAUGCCGGCAGCUGCUCCUGCUUGGUGGAGGCAGGCCUGGCCUCCUUCCCCCAGCCCCACUGGCCUGCGCUGGUCACCAGGUGUGUAGGGGGCUGCAGUUGGCCCACCUGGGACCUGGCAAGCUGGCGCCCUUUGGGCCCACCUGGCUACUGGGGGGAGGGGCACCCCGGCCUGCCCCCCAGGAUCCUUACGAAGAGAGAGAGACACACACACCCCUUCCGGGCUCUUUUCCGCUCACUGGCGAGGCCAAGUUUGAGCCCCCCCCUCCCCUUGGGUGCUGCAUUGAUUCUGUGCUGUGUGCUUGGGCGGUGGGGAGGGCAACACUGACUGCGCGUGCCGGAUCCUGUGGCAUGUGGCGUCCUGAAAGCAGCCCCAGCCCAGCCCAGCCCAGCCCAGCCCUACACACACUUGCCACAAGAAAGCCGACGGCCGUGCAGCGUCUGGGGCGGGCUGGGCAGGGGCAGGGGGGCCCCGCAGCCCCCUCGCUCUGAAGCUGCCGUUGGACCUCCUGCUCCCCCCCAGACCUGCAUGCACCCCCCACCCCCACUGCUUCCAGCCCUUCCUCCCCAUCAGCUGCACCUUCCCAGAGAAGCAGGCGCCUGAGCUCCUUCGCCACAGGGCAGAGGUCGAGGUUGCCCAGGCUGGCCUCAGCGGGGUUAGCCCCCCCCCAGCCGCUUUCUGCACAGGAAGCGGCCUUCUGCCCAGCCAAGUCCAGCCCUGGCAGGUAGCGGCUCUCCGGGUUCCGGGCGGGAGCCCACCUGCCGGCCAAGCAGAAGCCCGCCAGCCUUCUGCCCAGCCAGGCCCAGCAGCUGCAGCCCUUCCUGGCCCAGCUUGGCCAAUCCGGCCCACUCCUCCUGACCGGAUGGGCUUGGCCGGCUCCUUCCCACGGUCAGGGCGAGAGGAAUCCACAGCUGUGUGGAGGGACCUCGAGGGAAGGAAUUUGUCCCAACAGGGUCGCCAAGUCUGCCUGCUCUGUGCAGCUGCCUCUCUGGCCGGGGAGGGCCGUGGCCAAGCUCCACCCCCCCACCCCCUUGCACAGCUGCUGCUGCUGCCGCCGCCUCCGCCCUCGCCCCCCUGCCCCCGCCUCCGCCCAGACACACCACCCUCUUCCCUGGAGCCUCGCCUCACCUCCUGCUGGGCCCAUUGGCCGGGGAUGCAUCACAGCCCCCCCCCCCUUGCGCCAUAUGAUGAUGCCUGCACCCUGCGGUUGUGGGAACAAUAAAGGUUUUCUACGAAA